GGGCAGGCGUGGCCCAAGAUGGCGGCGCCCUGAGCGGGCCCGGCCGAGCCAUGGCGGCACCGGGAGAGGCACCGGGAGAGGCGCCGGGAGAGGCGCUCCGGGCCGUGCUGCGGCCCAGCGGGGCUCUCCCGGCCGAGGCUCUCCCGGUGCGCGGCUACGACUUCUCGGGAGGCGCGGACCACGCGGCGCUGCUCCGCUCCUUCCGCACCACCGGCUUCCAGGCCACGAGCUUCGCGCAGGCGGUGGCGGAGAUCGAGCGGAUGAUCGCGGCCAAGCUGGAGCCGCUGAGCGCGGAGCAGCGGGAGCGAGCGGCCAUGGCCGGGCCGCGGCCGCCCUCGGGCUGCACCAUCUUCCUGGGCUUCACCUCGAACCUGGUCAGCUCCGGCGUCAGGGAGAGCAUCCGCUACCUGGUGCAGCACGGCAUGGUGGACGUGCUGGUGACCACGGCCGGGGGGGUGGAGGAGGACCUGAUCAAGUGCCUGGCGCCCACCUACAUCGGGGACUUCCAGCUGCGGGGCCGGGACCUGCGGCACAACGGCAUCAACAGGAUCGGGAACCUGCUGGUGCCCAACGAUAACUACUGCAAGUUCGAGGACUGGCUGAUGCCCAUCCUGGAGACGAUGGUGGACGAGCAGGACACGCAGGGCGUGCGGUGGACGCCGUCCCGGAUGAUCGCCCGGCUGGGCAAGGAGAUCAACAACCCCGACUCCAUCUGCUACUGGGCCCAGAAGAACAACAUCCCGGUGCUGAGCCCGGCGCUCACCGACGGCUCCCUGGGCGACAUGAUCUUCUUCCACUCCUACAAACGCCCGGGGCUCGUGCUGGACAUCGUGGAGGACCUGCGCCUCAUCAACACCCAGGCCAUCUUCGCCCGCAAAACCGGCAUGAUCAUCCUGGGCGGGGGUCUGGUCAAGCACCACAUCGCCAACGCCAACCUCAUGAGGAACGGCGCCGAUUUCUCCGUCUACGUCAACACGGCGCAAGAGUUCGACGGCUCCGACUCGGGCGCGCGGCCGGACGAGGCCGUGUCCUGGGGCAAGAUCCGCGUGGACGCCACGCCCGUCAAGGUCUAUGCCGACGCCUCGCUCGUGUUCCCGCUGCUCGUGGCCGAGACGUUCGCGCGGAGCGCCGACGCUUUCGGGGGGCCAGCGGCGACCCCCGAGGCGUGAGGGACCCCCAAAGCCUGGGGACCCUCAAGAACUGGGGGACCCCCGAGGCGUGAGGGACCCCCAGAGCCUGGGGACCCUCAAGAACUGGGGGACCCCCGAGGCGUGAGGGACCCCCAAAGCCUGGGGACCCUCAAGAACUGGGGGACCCCCGAGGCGUGAGGGACCCCCAAGAACUGGGGGACCCCCAAGGCGUGGGGGACCCCCGAGGCGUGAGGGACCCCCAAGACUUGAGGGACCCUCAAAGCCUGGGGACCCCCAAGGUCUGAGAGAUCCCCAAGAACUGCGGGACCCCCGAGGCCUGAGGGACCCCCAAAGCCUGGGGACCCCCAAGACCUGAGGGACCCCCAAGACUUGAGGGACCCCUGAGGCCUGGGGACCUCUGAGUCCUGAGGGACCCCCAAAGCCUGAGGGACCCCCAAGGUCUGAGGGACCCCCAAGAACUGAGGGACCCCCAAGGAAUGAUGGACCCCCAAAGCCUGGGGACCCCCAAGACCUGAGGGACCCCCAAGACUUGAGGGACCCCUGAGGCCUAGGGACCUCUGAGUCCUGAGGGACCCCCAAGAACUGAGGGACCCCCGAGGAAUGAUGGACCCCCAAAGCCUAGAGACCCCCAAGAACUGAGGGACCCCUGAGGCCUGAGGGACCCCCAAGGCCUGGAGACCCCCAAAUCCUGGAGACCCCCAAAGUCUGAGAGACCCCCAAGGCCUGGGGACCCCCGAGGCCUGAGGGACCCCCAAAGCCUGAGGGACCCCCAAAUCCUGGAGACCCCCGAGGCCUGAGGGACUCCCAAGGCCUGGGGACCCCCAAGAACUGAGGGACCCCCAAAUCCUGGAGACCCCCGAGGCCUGAGGGACCCCCAAAUCCUGGAGACCCCCGAGGCCUGAGGGACCCCCGAGGCCUCCGAGGCCUGAGAGACCCCCAAGAACUGAGGGACCCCCAAAUCCUGGAGACCUCUGAGUCCUGAGUGACCCCCAAAUCCUGGGGACCCCCGAGGUGUGAGGGACCCCCAAAGCCUGAGGGACCCCCAAGGCCUGGGGACCCCCAAGAACUGAGGGACCCCCAAAUCCUGGAGACCCCCGAGGCCUGAGGGACCCCCAGGGAACCCCCAGGCUGAGCUUUGGGUGUGCUGAGCCCCCCACGCCUCCACAGGGGCACGGUGGGGGGACCCCCAUUUGGGGGGAGCCCCAUUUGGGGGGAGCCCCAUUUGGGGGGACCCCCAGCCCUGCGCCCCCUCACCCGCUGUCCCCCUUCGCAGCCCCCUCCCCGCCAGAAUUGUGUUUAUUUAUUGGAGCUGCCAAUAAAGCAGGGCCGGGUUUGUCCACG